AGAGCCUGAUGCGCAGGGGUGAUGCGAUGCGCCUCUUGGAGGCUCCACCGCAGGGCCCUUUGACCAGCUGGAAGAAAUCCUAGGCUGGGAGUGUGCUGCUGCUCACUCUGCGGAGCUGGUUGCCAAGGGAACGGUUGGCAAGCGGAAGUGGAGCUGCGCUGGCGCUUCCUCUUCCGGGUCGGCGCUCCUGCUUCCCUGCGGGGAGCUGCUUAUGGGACACCGCUUCCUGCGCAGCCUCUUAAUGCUGCUGCUGCCGCCGCCACCGCUGUAUACCCGGCACCGCAUGCUCGGUCCAGACCCCGUCCCGCCCCCAAAACGACCCCGCAGCAAACUCAUGGCACCGCCCCGAAUCGGGACGCACAAUGGCACCUUCCACUGCGACGAGGCACUGGCAUGCGCACUGCUUCGCCUCCUGCCGGAGUACCGGGAUGCAGAGAUUGUGCGGACCCGGGAUCCCGAAAAACUCGCUUCCUGUGACAUCGUGGUGGACGUGGGGGGCGAGUACGACCCUCGGAGACACCGAUAUGACCAUCACCAGAGGUCUUUCACAGAGACCAUGAGCUCCCUGUCCCCUGGGAAGCCGUGGCAGACCAAGCUGAGCAGUGCGGGACUCAUCUAUCUGCACUUCGGGCACAAGCUACUGGCCCAGUUGCUGGGCACUAGUGAAGAGGACAGCAUGGUGGGCACCCUCUAUGACAAGAUGUAUGAGAACUUUGUGGAGGAGGUGGAUGCCGUGGACAAUGGGAUCUCCCAGUGGGCAGAGGGGGAGCCUCGAUAUGCACUGACCACUACCCUGAGUGCACGAGUUGCUCGACUUAAUCCUACCUGGAACCACCCCGACCAAGACACUGAGGCAGGGUUCAAGCGUGCAAUGGAUCUGGUUCAAGAGGAGUUUCUGCAGAGAUUAGAUUUCUACCAACACAGCUGGCUGCCAGCCCGGGCCUUGGUGGAAGAGGCCCUUGCCCAGCGAUUCCAGGUGGACCCAAGUGGGGAGAUUGUGGAACUGGCGAAAGGUGCAUGUCCCUGGAAGGAGCAUCUCUACCACCUGGAAUCUGGGCUGUCCCCUCCAGUGGCCAUCUUCUUUGUUAUCUACACUGACCAGGCUGGACAGUGGCGAAUACAGUGUGUGCCCAAGGAGCCCCACUCAUUCCAAAGCCGGCUGCCCCUGCCAGAGCCAUGGCGGGGUCUUCGGGACGAGGCCCUGGACCAGGUCAGUGGGAUCCCUGGCUGCAUCUUCGUCCAUGCAAGCGGCUUCAUUGGCGGUCACCGCACCCGAGAGGGUGCCUUGAGCAUGGCCCGUGCCACCUUGGCCCAGCGCUCAUACCUCCCACAAAUCUCCUAGUCUAAUAAAACCUUCCAUCUCAUACUGA